AUGCCGGACCCCAUCCCCCAUGUAUCCAACUGGAUCAACGGCGCCUACACAACCGCAACCCGGCAAGUAAUCACCGUCCUCAACCCAGCAACCGAAACCCCCAUCGCCACCAUCGACUCGACACCCGAAGAAACAGUCACCACCAUCGUUCCUCUCCACCGCCGCCCGAGUCCUCCGCACCCGCCUACCCGAAUUCAUCGAGCUCGAAACCCGCCAAACAGGCGCCCCAUUCGCGAGAUGCAAACCCAAUUAUCCCGUGUCCCAGAAUGGCUUGAAUACUUCGCCUCGCUGGCCCGCGUCCACGAAGGCAGAGUCACGCCCUUCAAGGGUCCCGUCGUGAACACCCUCACCCGUCUCCCGCUAGGUGUCGUCGCACAGAUCACACCCUACAAUCAUCCACUGCUGAUCGCGACGAAGAAGAUCGCAGCAGCCCUCGCAGCGGGGAACGUGGUUAUCGUGAAGCCGAGCGAGCUUGCGCCGUUGUCGGUUCUGAAACUGGGUCCCCUGUUCCAGGAGGCAGGACUACCCGACGGCGUCCUCCAGAUUAUCUCCGGUAAUGGGUUCGAGACGGGGAAAUUCCUUUGCGAGUCGCCACUUUUGGCUAAGAUCGAUCUCACCGGGGGAUUGGGGACGUACCGGGCGGUUGCACCUGUUGCAGCGCGGAAUAUGGUCCCCGUCACGGCGGAGCUGGGGGGCAAGGCGCCUGUUUGUCUAUUUCCGAGUUUGGACGUCGAGAGAGCUGUUCAGGCGGCGUUGUUUGCGGGGUUUAUUGCCAGUGGACAGACCUGUGUGACUGGGAGUCGACUGUUGGUUCAUCGGGAGAUCUAUGGGGCGUUUCGGGAAUUACUGGAGAAGAGGGUGAGGGGGUUAAGGGUUGGGGAUCCAAUGGAUGGGCGGACGCAGAUUGGGACGGUUAUUUCGAGGGCUGCAGUGGAGAGAUGUGCGGCGUUUGUGGAUCGGGCGGUGCAGGAGGGUGGCAGUGUGGUUUGUGGUGGGCAUCCUACCACGGGGCCACAUGGGAAGGGCUUCUUCUUUGAGCCUACUAUUAUUGAAGCCCGGGCUGAUUCGCAUCUUGCUUCUAAUGAGGUGUUUGGACCGGUGAUUGCGCUAAUCCAGUGUGAGUCGGAGGAGGAGAUUGUCUCUAUUGCGAAUAGUACCCCGUUUGCCUUAGGUGCGUCGGUCUGGACCCAUGAUUUUAAUCAGGCUCAUCGCGUUGCGGACAAGAUUGAUGCCGGCAUUGUGUGGAUUAAUGGUCAUCAUUUGAACGACCCGUCGUCGCCGUGGGGUGGGUUCAAGGAGAGUGGGAUCGGGAAGGAAAAUGGUCUGGAGGCGUAUGAGAGUUAUACUAAGGUCAAAAGCACGCUGAUUAACUACGGGGUAGCCCCUACAUGGUUUGAUGACGAAGCAACCAAUGCUCGGUAUGGGUGA